UUUUCAAUGGAGUUAAAUUGAAUUGUAUUUUUAAUGAUAAUUAUGUUUCCUUUCGAAAAAUUUCUGAACGAAAUUCAAAGUAAAGCGAAGUCCGAAGAACAUACAGCGAAAAAAUUAAAAACAUCGCCCAUAUUUUCUGAAUUUUUCCCUUAUUCCCUGUGUUAGUGUUUAAAAGUGCACUGAUAUUCUAUCAUAGUGGCCAAAGUGACGCCAUACCCCAUUAUGAGUUAUUCCACUCGGAAUAAAUUCGAGAUCGCGCGGUUUUAUGGCGAUGAUGACAACCAUAUAAAUAAAAAAUUACCAAAAGAAUUGCUUCUCCGAAUACUGUCUUAUUUGGAUGUGGUCUCGCUAUGUCGCUGUGCACAGGUAUCCAAAUUAUGGAAUAUACUCGCUCUUGAUGGCUCCAAUUGGCAGAGGAUCGAUCUUUUUGACUUCCAGAGGGAUGUUGAGGGGUCUGUUAUCGAGAAUAUAUCACAUAGAUGUGGGGGUUUCCUUCGGCAACUGUCGUUACGUGGGUGUGAGAGUAUAGCAGAUGGGUCUAUGAAGACCCUUGCGCAGUUUUGUACCAAUAUCGAAGAUCUGAAUCUGAACAAGUGUAAGAAGCUUACGGACCACACCUGUCAAGCCAUUGGAAGGAGGUGUAGCAAGCUGCAGAGAAUAAACUUAGACUCGUGUCCAAGUGUAACAGACAUAUCCUUGAAGGCGCUAUCAGAUGGAUGUCCUCUUUUGACACACGUGAAUGUGUCUUGGUGUCAGUCGAUAUCGGAAAAUGGGGUCGAGACUUUGGCUAGGAGUUGUCGGAAGCUGAAGAGUUUUAUUUGCAGAGGUUGCAAAAAUGUAAACGAUCGCGCCGUGUCCUGUCUGGCUACAUUUUGUGUAGAUCUGGAAGUGCUCAAUGUUCAGGGAUGCGAUAAUCUGACAGACGAUUCGAUAUCGAAACUGGGUGGUGCCAUGCGCCGUCUUUGCGUGUCGGGUUGUACCCGUCUGACGGACAUGUCCCUCUGCGCUUUGGCCGCGAGGUGUCCGGAUUUGGUCACGUUGGAGUUGGCCCAAUGCGCCCAGAUGACGGAUGCAGGCUUCCAGGCCCUCGCUAGGAGCUGUCGAAUGCUUGAGCGGAUGGACUUAGAGGAAUGUAUUCUCAUUACUGACACCACCUUGGUGCAUUUGGCCAUGGGCUGUCCGCGACUAGAGAAACUUACACUAUCACAUUGCGAAUUAAUAACGGAUUAUGGAAUCAAACAAUUGUCAAUCUCGCCGUGCGCAGCGGAACACCUCACUGUCUUAGGAUUAGAUAACUGCCCGUUGGUGACGGAUGGCGCGUUGGAGCAUUUGAUCAAGUGUCACAAUCUUCAGCUUAUCGAGCUGUACGAUUGUCAGAUGGUCACCAGGAACGCCAUACGAAAAUUGAGGAAUCACCUACCGAACAUCAAAGUGCACGCUUAUUUUGCGCCUGUGACUCCGCCGGUGACAGGUGGCGGCGCGAGGCCACGCUACUGUCGCUGUUGUAACAUCAUAUGAAAUAUACUUGGUAUGUUUAGGUAAUGGAAUUUACACUUGUCCACUGACAUGUGUCAUUAGUCUCACUUUGGUAUUUGACAUGUGUCAUAAGUCACUUUGGUAUUUGUUGUGUCAUAAGUCACUUUGAUUUUUGACAUGUUUCAUUCGUCACUAUGCUAUUUGUCAAGCAGUGACCUACCUUUAUUGUUACGUCAGUUGACAAAUAUUGUCAUAGUCACAUGGACUGUAUUGACACAUGUCAAUUGUAGUUUGGAGCUUAAUCUGUCAUUUAUACCUAGGAUAAUGACAUAAAUAAAAAUUUCCUGUUUUUCAGUUUUAAAACCAUUAAUUAUAUUACAUAUGUAAUAAUUAUUAAAAAUUAUAUAUUAUAUACAUUUAAAAAAACUGUUUUAACCCUUAUAAACGCUGUCUAAUUAUAAAUUUACAAGUUUUCGGCUAUGUUUUUGGAAAAUUUAAUAGUAUUUUCCAUUUAAUUUAUGGUAUUUUUUUUAGUUUUAAUGAAAUUUAAAACCAUAUAUCAAAUUAGUCACUUUUGAUUCCAUAAUAAACAUGGCCCCGUGUAUCAUUAAACAUAAAUCUUAGUGUCAAACCACUGUUUGAAGUUUGACAUAUUUGACAGCACUCAAGACGAAAUUGUGACUUGAGAUACAGCGUAAAUGAAAGGCCGCACUUUCAUUGGGUCUGAAUUAUAAGUGUGAUUCUAAAUUUAACAAAUCUUAAAUACUUCUUUUUUAAACGGGGCAAAUAAAAAGGAGGCUCACCUGAUUUUACGUGAUCCCGCCGCCCAUGGACACUUAAUACCAGAGGGCUUGCGAACGCGUUGCCGGCCUUUAACUUUUUAGUUGUAAAACUAUUAAUACAUAUGAAUUAUUAAAUAAUUGUUUAACACAAUUUCGUCGAAAUGUAAAUAAUAAUUUUGCGUUUUGUACAAUAAGCUAGUUGUAUAAAUGUUGUAAAAUAAAUGUCAGACAUUGUCGAUGGCAUGUGAUAUCUCGUGUUAUUAAUGUCAAACUUUACAACGGUCAUUAGUAAAAUCGAAUCAGCAGAAUCGACGUUAACGAUGACAUUUGACCACUAAAAUCUGCGUUUGUGUCUGAGAUUUGAAAUUGCUAAAAUACCGUUGGCGAUACUGUAAUGUGAUGUGCGAUCUUGAUAUUGAAAAUAAUAUUAUUUGUGAUAAAAUGAAUUUGCAACUUUUUUCAUUUACGUUUCUCUUUCCGCACAUAUUAUAAAUCUAUGUCAUUUUCGGUUUUGUGAAUGUCAGAACUUGACAUUGGUCAUAAUUGUGUCGUCAAUGUCAAAUUCUGACAUGUGUAAUAAUCGACAAGUCAAUGUCAGAUCUUAACUAUUUUAACGUAAGAUAAGGCGACAAUAUGCUUAUGUAUAUAUAAUAUAUCUAAUCGUGUUUACUGUACUACUAUAUAUGAUUUCCCGAUGAAAUUGGUUAAGAGGUAACGUUUAAGCAAAUACGGUCUGCCCCAUAACCUACCGGUGGGGCAUGGGGCAUAUUUUUCUAUUAAUAAUUAUUUUUGUAUAAUAGUCAAAUAAAUGAUGCAUUUUU